AUGGCUCUCCGUGCGCUCCGGCUCCUGGGCGCGCUGUGCGCUCUGGCGGCUGCGCGCUCCUGCUGCGCCUUUACCUGCCCGGCCAUCUGCCGCUGCUCCGCCGACACGUUCCAGUGCAGCAAAGACACCCAGCUCGCCUCCCAGACCGCGCCGGCAUCCGUAGAUACGCUAAGGUUCCCUCAUCUGCCCUUGAAAGAAGUUCCCACCCAUGCCUUCAAGGAAUUGACCAACAUUACAAACAUUGACAUCUCCCAGAGCGACUGCAUCACUCGCAUACGGAGACACGCUUUCCUGUCCCUGCACAGCCUGACAGAAAUUUUGUUGCAGAGUAUCAACAGUCUGCGGGUGAUUGAAAAUGGGGCUUUCACUGAUCUGCCAAAGCUGAAAUAUUUGAGAAUCUCCAACACUGGCAUUGUUCACUUCCCAGACUUCACCACCAUCAAUUCACUGGCACCAAAUUUUAUCCUAGAAAUGGCAGAUAACAUGCGAAUCGACAUUAUUCCUGCCAAUUCCUUCCACGGCAUCACUGGAGAGGACGUUAACAUGAACCUGGUCAAGAACGGCUUCAAGGAAAUCAAGUCUCAUGCAUUCAAUGGGACCAAGCUCAGCACGCUGGUUUUGAGAGACAACAAGGAUCUCCGUUACAUUGAAGAAGAUGCUUUUGAAGGAGCCACGGGUCCAAGUUCUCUGGAUGUUUCCUCCACAGCUCUGAGUUCUCUCCCUCCAAAAGGGUUGAGGCAGGUGAAAUUUCUCAACGCCAGCUUUGCCUUUGCCCUGAAGAGCCUCCCUCCGCUGGAAAACCUGGCUGAACUGUCUGAGGCCGAGCUCGCGUACCCCAGCCACUGCUGCGCCUUCCACAAAUGGCGACGGAAACAAAGGGAAACUGCCUUAAAGAACUUCACAAAGUUUUGUGAUCUCACUUCAACAAAUAUAGAGGCCACGGUCAAAGGCAUCGACGACAUUACCUUUGAGUAUCUGGACCUGGAGUUCGGCUGUCCCAAUAACAGCCCUUUUGUCAAGUGCACGCCAACGCCAGAUGCUUUUAAUCCUUGCGAGGAUCUGCUGGGCUUUCCUUUCCUGCGCUGCCUCACCUGGAUAAUCACAAUUUUCGCUGUGGCUGGUAACCUCGCCGUUCUGGUCAUCCUAAUAAUCAGCUACCAUAAGCUAACCAUCUCCAGGUUUCUCAUUUGUAACCUGGCCUUCGCCGACCUGUGCAUGGGGCUCUAUUUGAUGCUGAUCGCCUUCAUGGACUACCACUCCCGUCAGGAAUACUACAACCACGCCACGGACUGGCAGACGGGGCCGGGAUGCGGGGCGGCGGGGUUUCUGACGGUGUUCGCCAGCGAGUUAUCAGUGUACACGCUGACUGUGAUCAGCCUUGAACGCUGGCACACCAUCAGCAAUGCCAUGCAUGUCAACAAGAGGCUGCGGAUGCACCACGUGACGGCCAUGAUGGCGUUCGGCUGGGUCUUCUCCCUGCUGGUCGCCCUGCUCCCCCUGGUGGGGGUCAGCAGCUACAGCAAAGUCAGCAUCUGCCUGCCCAUGGACAUCGACUCGCUCAGCUCGCAGAUUUACGUGGUGGUCAUGCUCGUUCUCAACGUCGUCGCAUUCCUGGUGGUUUGCUACUGCUAUGUUUGCAUGUAUCGCAGCGUGCGCAACCCGGAGCAUUCCACUCGCCACGGAGACACCAAGAUCGCCAAACGCAUGGCAGUGCUCAUUUUCACAGACUUCGUGUGCAUUGCACCGAUCUCUUUCUUUGCCAUUUCUGCAGCCCUGCGUAUGCCGCUCAUCACCGUGUCUCACUCGAAGAUCCUCCUCAUCCUCUUCUACCCCAUCAACUCCCUCUGCAACCCCUUCCUCUACACCAUCUUCACGCGGGCUUUCAGGAGGGACAUGUGUCUGUUGCUGAGUCGCUGCAGCUGCUGCCACACCAGCACCGACUUCUACAGGUCACAGACUCUCGCCUCGAACCUGACCAGCACCCACAAAGUAUCCAACAGAAAAUCCCACUCGCUAGGGAUUUACGCUUAUCACGUCAAGAUGAGGAAUUGCUUUCUAAACAAGGGAGCCACAUGA